AUAACAUAAUAUAUACAAAACCAUUUUGUAAGGAACAGCUGAUAUACAAUUUCCUAUACAAUAUCAUUUCUCCAUAAAAGAAGCCAACACGGACUUCAAGAUGGUCAACAUCACUUUACCGAAGACUGAGGAGCGUGUGAACCUCUUGAAAUCGCGCAUCAACAGGCUGGGUGACGUUAGGGUGGCCGGCGAUGUUUGCGCACGUGAAAUUGCAAUGAAAACCAAAAAUUUCACGGAGGACGAGCUGUGCCAACUGGUCCGAGAAGCCCUCCAUGAAGCCAUUGUCCGGACUCACGUCACCAGAUGCCCGGAGGGCCUUCAAGUCACUCAGGUCGAUCUCCUGGCCGCGGUAAAUAUCAUUCAGCCACGAUUUGGCCGGCAGGAGGAGACUCUCCAGCUGCUCAUGCCAUAUGAAUAUCUGGAUCGUACCGCUUUCGAUCCGAAUGAUCUCCUGUUCACCGGACGCCCAAGAUGGUCAUGCCAUCUGGUCGAAGGUAAGCCCAAGUCAGGCCUAACUACGGUGGCCGCUCAAAUGGCUUUGAAAACAGACUGCCCUUUUAUGAAAUACAUCUCGUCGGCCGAUUUGCUGGGACUUAGCGAUUCCGAAAAAUGUCAGAGAAUACGGGAAGUCCUAGAGGACGCCUAUGUUUCCAGGCGCAGCUGCGUCAUCAUUGACGACUUCGAGCGAGUCAUUGGUUACGGCGCCCUGGGUAAGCGGUACUCCAAAGAGUUCCUGCAGAUGCUGAUGGCUCUUCUGAAGAAACAACCGCCCAACAGACACGAGCUCAUCAUCAUUUGCACAACCAAUCGUCUCGAUGUCCUGGAGGAACUGGGCUUGCUAUCCGUUUUCACUUCAGUUCACAAUGUGCCAAAUGUUUCCACGCCUAAAGAACUUAUGGCCAUAGUGGAAGCUUCAAAACGAUUUGAGCCCGAGGAGCUACGCCAAAUUGAGAUCGCCAUGGAUGGCCGCAACGUCUCCAUUGGCAUCAAAAGGUUGCUUGACCUGAUUGCGUGGGUGAAUCCCCUAAAGCCCGACCGUCGAGCUGCCAAAUUGCUGAAGAAAUUGGGCGAAGCAAUGGGAUGGGUAGGGAACCAUUCUAGUCCACUUGUACCUCAAUACAUUUAAGACGUUAGGUUAGGAAAUGCAAUAUUGUAUCUACAAUUCCAGGAAAAUAAUUCCAAGUAAUUUUAAAUAAUUCAGUUAUGCAUAAUAUUUUAAGGAACCACGUAACCAUAUAAAACCAUGUAAAAAUAAGAUUACAUUAUUUUUUGUAUGAAUUUGCUUCCAUUGCAUUGCAAUGUUCUUAAGACUAAAAUGAACAGCUCGAUAAUGUGAUUGGCAUAAGUAUUAUAACCACAUUGUGCUAUAAAAGCAAAAAUAAACCGAUUUUAAAUGCAAA